UUAUAGAUAAUAAUAAUAUAAACGCUUCACUGAUUUGAUUUCAAACCUCUUAAAACGACUUGUAUGCACAUAGCAUCAUCCUUAAUCAUAAUCAGGUUCUUGAAUUUGAUCUGAAGGUUUUAAAAGUAUUGCACUUAAUUAAUCGUGAUUAAGGAGGAAAUUAAUUAAUUAAUCUUUUUUAGAAAAAAAAAAAAAAAAGACUGAAAAACAAGAGCAACGUGGCAAAAUUAACGUUAUCAUCUCCGUCUCUGCACUUCCCACCAACUGAUCCACUUUCAAAAAUCUCUCCCGCAAACUUUGCUCAUUUUUCUUAACCGCUCCACCUCCUCCUUAAUCACUCCCUCUCUUCUUUAAAACCAAAUAAAAUUAAACGCACACCUUUAAAUUCUUCAUUUCAAUCACUCACUAACCCUUUUUUCUUAUAAAAUAAUAUGUCUCUCUCUCUCUGCUUCUCUUUCAAAUUCUCUAAAAAUGGGUAAAGAAUCAGAUACCACAAAAUCCCAGUUAGUCUUGGAAAUUUGCUCUCUAUCUAACCUUUCCAAUUCUUGUUCUCAUAAACAUUCUUUGAAGCCGGUUAAAUCUCAUUUCAUCGACUGGUACCGCAUUCUUGGAAUAAAAGAAGAUGCAGAUGUUGAUGUCAUUCGAAAGCGGUAUCAUAAACUUGCUUUGCAGCUUCAUCCUGAUAAAAACAAGCAUCCCAAAGCUGAGAUUGCUUUCAAGCUUGUCUUGGAGGCUUAUUCAUGUCUGUCUGACAAUGUUAAGAGACGAGCGUUCAACUUGGAAAGAUGGAAAAACUUCUGCACAGAGUGCAAUGACGUGCACUGCAAUUCGAGAUCGAAACUGCAGGAUUUGAACCCUGCAAACCACUCAAGAUCGUACAGAAUUCUGCAAGGUUUAAAAGACAUUAGACAGAGAUUCAGAGAGGAAGCCAAAGUGAUGGAGAAUUGUUUGAAGGCUAAUGCCACAUUAAGGAAUGAAUCACCGAUUUUCAAUCCUACAGACCACUUGUAUCAGAGCAACACUCGUUGCAGAUCACGAAGAGAAUCCCCAAUUUUCGAUCCAUCUGAUUAUCUAUUUGAAGGCUACCCUCAUGUCAGGAACCGAGUUUACAAGAAACCUGAUGAUGUUUGGUUUUCACAAAAGCAAAAUUCAUCAAAUUAUGCCAAAGGAACGGCAAGAUAUGAUUGCCCAAUAUUUGAGAAUAGAUCAGAUAGAGGAAUGCUGAAGACAAAAUCCGCUUGUGUCAGUUCAUAAACUAGAAUUAGAUUGUUUCACUAGAUUUUCCUGAUAUAAUUCUCAUAUUCAUCGUUUAUUUUUAAA